AUGAUUCCACCUCCGCCACCACCACUGAGUGGUUCAUCACCAUCAACUAAUCGACUUCCACCACCUCCCCCUUCUUCUUUGAUUUCAAUUCCGAAGCAACCAAAGAAGAAAAUUAUAGAAAAGAAAAAACCAGAAGAAGAAAUCAAGCAGCAAAUUGAUGAGGAAAUUGUUCAGCAGCAUCAGCAAUUUGUGGUGGAUGAAUCAAUGGUGGUUAAGGAUUUGUGUUCGUUAUCGGGAGUUAAUCCAUUGUAUAGUGAUUUGAAGAUUUUGUUGGUGGCUACAUUUUCAAGACCAAAUCAUAGUGCUAAGGUUUUGGAAGAAUCAAUUCAAAAUUCAAUUCUGGAAAGUGGUAGAACUCCUGAUAUUGUAUUGACCCCUGAAGGUUGGCAUGCAAGUCCACUCAUGUCAACACCUGAUAGAAAUAUUGUAAUGAAUAAGGAAUUGGAGGGAAUGUGUCAAGUAAUGAAGAAUCACAAAUGUUAUGGAUUUAUUGGAGUGAAGGUGUGGGCAGUUGAUGAAAAAUUAAAGCCAAUCAACAAGUACUACAACUCAAUGAUAGUAAUCAAUCCAGAUGGUGAAGUGUUGGGCUGUUACCGAAAGAGAGUACCAACCAGUGCUGAGAGUAGUACUCCUGGUGAUAGGAUUGGAAUUUUUGAUACCAUCUAUGGAAGGAUUGCAGUAUUGAUUUGUUUUGAUAUUGAGAAUCAAGUAAUUUUGGAUGAAGUUUUGGCUUACAAACCAUUCCUUAUUUUAAAUCCAACUUAUAUUGGAGGAGUUGGUUUGCAUGAUAACACACUUUCAAAGAAAUCUACUCUAAUGACUGAAAAUGAGGAGAAAUCGAGAAGAUUUCAAGUGAAAAUCUCUCUUGAAGCUCUUGGCAGAAAUUUUGAAAAAGUUUGCAAAGAUAAUAAUGUGACCAUUCUAAGAUGUGACACUCCAGUUCACUAUGGAGGAAGAGGAACUCACCAAUUGAUGACACCUUAUUCUACCGUUUACCCACCAUCAUAUUAUGCAGAGAAUUCAUUUUCUUUCUAUGUGGAUAGAGUUGGUGUGGUUGGUAAUAAUUUUGCUGAAAAUACUGAACCUCCAGAAAGAGAAAGAACUCACAAUGAAGACAAUGUUGGUCCAAGAUAUACCUUGUUUAGUAAUUCUCAUCAGGAUGUUGUUUUGAGGUCAGAAAACAUCAAUCCAAAUUUCAAGGUUACAUUCUUCAAUCACAACAGACUCAUUUGUUCUGAUGAAAGAAGAAUUACAGUUGUAAAUACAGAUAUUAUGGCAUGUGAAAAUUUCUCACUGGAUCAUGUAUCACUUUCAGUUGAUUCAGAUGGAAAUUUCAAAGUGAAUGAUUCUAAAAUUGAUGAAGAAAUUAGAAUUGUAGAUAUUUGGACUAGAUUUGAUAAGAAACACCUUAUUGUCUUGAUGAGUGAUGGAAAUGUUGGAUUAUUCAAAGUUUUAGACGAGGAACGUUUGAAGGUUGCUAAUAAUUCCAUUUUGUGUUUGGAGAAACAAUUCAAAUGGGAUUGCUCUCUUGUUGAUCCAAAUUCGAGAAUUAUUGCUCCAAAUAAUAACAUGCUAUUCAUUGCCUCAAGCAAGAGUAUUGUACAAUUAGGCAAUUUGAGCGGUGGAGAAUUUAUUGGAAAGACAUUUUUAUUGGAGAAUGAAGUUUCCAAGCAUGUUAGUAUCUCUGAUAGCAUGAUUGAGUACCUUUCCCUUAAUAACAAAUCAAUCAGCUUGGUGUUAUUGGAUCUUUCAACAGGAAACUCCUCCAUUUCCAGCACUUUAAAUUUAGAAGAAAUUUCUUCAAAAAGAUUAGAAUCAUCUCUCGAGCCAAAUUCUUUCAUUCUCACUGAAUUCGACCCAAGCAAUCAGAAUGUAAUCUCCCUCACCCCUCUCAAAGUUCAAAACCAUCAAAUAAGCAUUCAACCUAACCAUGUAAAAUUACCAGAAAAUUCCUCCUCUAUCAUAUCCCUCAAUUCCUCCAAAUUCAUUUGUGGUCAACAAGAUGGCACUCUCAAAUUAUUGGAUUCCUCAUGCUCUUCUGAUUUGAUAAGACAUAAAUUCCAUCCUUAUCCAUCCCUCAAAUCAACACGAGUUGUUUCACUCAUCCAUGAUAAACAAAAUGGUAGAUUGAUAUCAAUUCAUCAACACAAAACACAACCAGAUGGAUACUUACUCUGUAUGGCCAAGUUUGGAAAUAAUAGAUUUGUGGCCAAUCUCACUACUCUCUUUCAAUAA